AUAAGAACAAGCAGCAAGAGUACCUCAAGGAAGAGAACUUCUUACCAAGUACAACGAUGGAUGCAACUAUAUCGAGUCAACCGUUACCAAAUAAUGCCAAUGUUGCCGGGGCCAAAAGUAAAACAUCAGCAGAGGCUAGCAUCAAUAAAAGUUUCUAUACAUGUUGCCAAACUGAAGCAACAGCCAGUAUUCAGCGUAACGAAGCAACAGUCAAAACAAACACCGAAGUAGCGAGCACAACAAAACGCAAUAAUAAUACAAGCACAUCUGAGGUAACAACCAGAAAUGUUGACGCAACUAUAGCGGAGGGGCAAGCAACCAGUUUGAUGGCAACAAAUGUUGCCCACGACGAUUCAACAAUCAUUGGAGCAACAUUGGAGCUCGAGCUCAGUUGCAAUUCAGCACACACGGACAGCGCAACGCUUGUAAACAGUGAUCCGCCUACAGUGACUACUGAAAUAGUAGCAACAUGCCAGGAUAUCACCUGUCUAGACUCUAGUGAGGCAUUUUCGGAUGAUAGUCACCUGACGCGUGACUCGGUAACGCGUGAAUCGCAAAACGACGAACUCUCAUCAUCGACGCACGACAAAAUCGAUCUUAGUACCUUACCACUUCCCGCUCUACCGACCAAACGAAGACGCACACGUUUACGCGCCAGUCCCUCAAAGAAUCAUCACCAACAGCAACCGCGCUUGGAAAACAGCCAAUAUGAAGAUGCGGCAGAAAGGCAUCGAAAUAAAAAACCACAAAGGUGCUCAGUCAAGGAAACGAUAAACACUGAACAACUGAGCGUGCCAAAUGAUAACGCAACACCGCAACAGAAUCAGCAGCAGCAACACCUCUCCGCAUUUCAGAAAUACGUUGCCAAGCGACGUGAAAGUCUUGAAGCAUCGUCGCGUAAUUUUAACGAGAAACUGGAGGCGCGUAGAAUGCUCUGCCACAUGGGUGGUAAUGGCGGCACAAGUAGUUCGCCUGCUACAGCAGCAACAGAUGCUGGAGUGCCUACAUAUAUAUUUGGUGAGAACUUCUAUGGUAUAUCUGGUGCUACGCAAAAGCCUUAUUCACCAGCCGGCAAUAAAGAGGAAAUCUUUCUUAACAAGUCUGGCUGGGUGCAAGUGAGCAAAAAGCUGAAUACGAACAAUGAUAACAAAAGCCGACGCGUGAAUAAAAGUCAUCAUAAUGGAGAAGCUACUGAAAUGGAUAAGGCUCAUGGGCGGAAAGCUAUACGCGUAAUAAAUAUUGAUCACGCACACCGUCAAGAGCAAAACCGGCAAACAUUUGCACAAAAUUCGGCAAGCCGGUGUGAUCGGGAAUCCAAAUUCGUGGGUUCCAAGGUUGAGGAGUUAAUUCAGCGCAAUGAAGCACGAAUAGGUGGGAUAUUCUCAAGAGAUUCAGCUCUGCGUCCGGGCUAUCGAAUUGUGGAUCCCCAAUUGGCAAGCAUACUCAAUGAGCGUCCCGGCUUUCUGCCCGUUUCCGAUCUGGACUCACCGCCACCCAUAACGCCUAUUCUUUCGCCACCGCCCGCUUUUCAGGAUAACAGCAGCAACAGCAAUCGCACAAAUCGACAUCAGGACCGUCGCAAGAUUAACCUCCAGUCAUAUAUACCUACUCAGCAAUUACGGGUUCUUCAGACCCCGAUUCAAAUGCAACAGCAGCUGGGACAUGGCACCGGCACCGGCACUUGCAGUGGCAAGGGCAUGGUCUUUUCGCGCAGCUUCGAGUAUGACAUGCGUCGACCCACGCCCACAAACCGAUACGUGGAGACAUUUUCGCGCAGCUUUGAUGACAACCUGUCGGAACGACCCGUAGUCAUGCCAUCGUUGGCAGUGCAGCGCGAACGCUCCCUCAACUUUAGUACAUUAACUGGUAAUUCGCCAAAUUACUUAACGAAGCGAGAAGCUGGCGGUCCUGGACGAUCGCUGCGCAGCCGGGAAAACUCUCCAAAGUACCUUCAGCCGCAAAACACCGCCUACCUUAAUGCGUCUGUGAAGGAAGCACCACCGACCUACAGCGUAGCUAGCAACAAUAUGGCAAAGUAUUCGCCGCGCUCCCGUCAUGACCGCGCCUUUGAGCGCUCCAAGAGCCAAAAUUUAAUGGGACGUUCACGGAAGUCACAAUUCAGCUGCAUAAGUAACAGUGGUUCAGGAGGCCCACCGCCUAUCGCCCCAGGAAUGUCGCGUUUUCGCAGCCUCGAUAUGACUAGCAAUAAUCGUCUUAACUCUUGCGAUAGCGGUGCCCGAUCCGAUCUUUCCAACGACGAGCUCGAUAACGAAGAGGGUAGCUCUACGGAAUUCCUUCCAAUUAACUAUCAGCUCCCUAAUGUGGCCACGGGAAGCGCUAGCGUCUCACCAUUUAAGGCUCAGCGUCAGCGAUCUCUAACACCUGACCGAAACGACUCGCACAGCUCUUCAAGCAGUUUGCGAAAACAGCGUUCUCUCACGCCGGACUCCCGCUCUCUGACUCCAGAAGAAAGACGAAAAAGGGGCUCUCAGAUAUCCCUGGUUGGCUCCCGGCAGAACUCUAGCUCCCGCAGCAAUACGUUAGAGCGACGACAGCGCCAUGACGAUAAGACUCCAAUCAUUUCACGCAGCUCUUCUAGUUCCAGCUACAGCGGCGGCGAACCGCAUGAUCUAUUGAAUGGCAGUCCCAACACUGCUAGUGCUGUUGUUGGUGCAUCUUGUGCGACCAAUUAUCGCCGUUCGAUGGGACGCGCAGGAACCAAACAGAUAGGGCAGGAACAUCUGAUUAGACGCUCCAGUAGAUCCCUUCAACUUAGCGAGCGGUCGCCAAAUCGCACACAAAAAUCGAUAGUAUGUGUGAGUGGUGUAUCCCCACUGCAAAAGCAGCAGGCAACGGCUCAUUAUCAGCAAGCAAGUACCGGCGCCUUUCCAAACUCCCUACGUGCCACAGUAUCCGUCAACAAAUUAUUGCCCAGUUCGAAGGGAACGACGGGCAACUCAGCUCGACAGCGUCAGGCCGACGUGGAUAAGGCACGUUCCUUUGAUUUUGACUUCAACAAUUACAAUCGAAGUCGUGCCACUAACAGUGCCACACGUUCCGCCCAUACCAGUGGCGGUGGUGGUGGUGACAGCGGCAAUCAGAAUUUACGCUCGGAUUGUGACAAAAGCCGGUCUUUUGAUGAGGACUACCGCGAAGCACUGCAUAACAACAACGCCAAUAGUAGCUCUGGCAUUCACUUUUUUCAACCAGGCAAUGAAACGAAUGCUGUUGUAGCAUCGUCCACCCGGUUGCGCCAGUCUAACUCUCCAGUCGGUGGAGCGGCCCAUGAUCGCACGCCGACACGUUCACCACAAUCUUCAGGCUCAUCGUCUAACAACAUCCACCUAACAUCGCAAUGCACUAGCAGCCCCCCCGGAAAUAGCUAUGGUAUGCGCCUGUGUGACCAUGAACUAUCCUACGAUAUGCUGAGAAAGUCACCGAUCAUGAAUUUCCGACGUGGGGACAGCGAGUACGAGAUCCCCAUGCAGCUGCGUAACCGCGAAACUAUCAACUCCGGAGGCAACAGUGAACUUAACUUUAUGAGCAACGAAACGCAUAUUUACGAGCACCCGACGACUGUGCUUAAGCCGCAGCGUUCAGGCUCACGUGAAGAGCAUUUGUACAAGGCGACAGGUGCGCCGCCGCGCAGCAGCAGUCCUGAACCGCAAACCGCGAGAACAGCUACCAACAAAAAAUGCAGAAAAAGUCUAACAUCUUGCGAUUAUUGGCCACGUUGUGGUGCAUGCAGUAGCACAAGCUCUAGUAACUUACAGGAUUUUGCAUCUUUGGGUCAGGGCGCAAUCAGAAGACAAGAUUCUUUGCCCGUUGUUACUCAAGAUGUGCAACAGUCACAUAUCUCAAAGGUGGCCUUAAAGGGGAAUCUCAUUAAACUCGACACAUGUGAAUCAGCAACAAUAAUAUCUCCUAGCCAGGCCGGUAUACCGCAGUGGAUGUUCCUGUGCAGCGGGGGCAUUCAUAGAAAACCUGAAAUCAAUCCUCAUGACUUAAAAACCACCAGUAGAGAUCGUCGACAGCCAACUGCCGUUAUUCGACCUCGUGUCGUUCCCUUAACCGCCAGUUCACUUGUACUUGUAGGAAAUUGCGAUCUUGUUACCGGAACACAAACUGCUGAAGUCAAAGAAUAUACCCAACAUGUGCCUACGGAAUCUCUACAAAGCACCAUGAAAAAUAUCUUAGAAAAUACAGACCACAGUGAGAUGUCAAAUCAAGAACAGCAAUUGAUGACGAACCGUAAUAAACGGAAACGGCCACGAUGCAAUUCACUUCCGGUCAGACUUUCAGCCUCACCGAAGCACUGGUUAGUGGAAACUGUUGUAAGAUUGCCAAAAAGUGGAAAGGAUAAUGUCAGCAUAAUUGGUAUUCGCUGUAGCGGAAACGGCGAGUGUUUGUCACAACAGAUGCGUGCCAUUUCGAGUCCAGCACUUACAGGCUCGGUAAAAUCGCCAAAGUACCUUCAGGAUGAAUUUGCGGAAGCUCGUGAGCUAACAAAGGAUGCAUCUGUUACAACUGAAACCAGUUUUGACUGCGGUAUAGUUGAAGGGAGACACACUAGUCUGGGCGUCUUACAGAAAUUUAAACGCACAUUGCAUUACUUAAAUAAUAGAAAUCAAUUGCAAAUUACGCCCUUGCACACAGGGGCAGUCGUCAACGCGGACUCAAAGCCAAUGCCUAUAAAUCCGAUGGUUUCCAUUACAGCACCUGCGCCAGCUGCAGACAAUAAUAUUGACACAACAGACAACUAUGGCGUAGAUACAAGCUCCGCCAAAUACCGCUUUGGACCGUUAAUUUGGCGUUCAUCAAAGGAACGUAGAAAGACAAAAUUUAAUCGCCGUGACAAGUGCAAUUCUGGUGACUCCGGUAUUCAAAUCGAACUAGAGCUGGAUGAACAGUAUAUGCGCACACUGUCGUGCGGGCAGCCACGAGCAGUCAGUGCCCUGAGCAACCCGUCGAGUGCCAUGGACCCAAAGGCACGUACCAUACGCCGUUGUCAUUCUGCCAAAGCAACCACCAUAAUGGAACAAGCGGCUUUAAAACCCCCGGUGAAAAAUCAGCUUAAUAUAGGCAACAUUUGCAAUAUAGAACGCGAAGCACCCGAGUCUUUACCUACGCGGUCCCUUAGUCAACCCAGUGGUUUAGAAAUAUAUGGGAAAUGCAGAACCGAUAUAGAGGACAGCGAUAGUGACAGCAUCGCGUCACAUGACGAAGCAACAAACAACUACUGUCCCAUUUAUGCGGAAGUGCUCUACAACUUUACCGCGGCUGGGCCGCAAGAGCUGGGUCUGGAGCGGGGUACUUUAAUCGAGAUAUUGCGGAAGGAAGUAGGCCCCUGGUGGUUUGGACGCAUUAAAAAGGAGGAUGUUAGUCUUGUAGAAGAAAUUCAUGAUCCUGAACUUGGCUGGUUUCCCAAAGAAUUUGUGCGCAUAAUUCAAAGUUGUGAAAUAAAUGCUCUGCUAAAUAUGCAAAAAACAAAGAGAGGUAAUGUAUCUCUUCCUGCAGCAGUGACAGACAUCCAAAUUCCACUGCCCGUUAGUGAACUAAACACCAGCGAUAACAGUGCCAAUUCCAUGACUCUGGAUCAGAGUAACAUCACAACCAUAGUCAUUGAAUCACCCUCAUCAACUGUCCUCACGUUAACACCGCGCAUUAAUGAGCAACAGGACAGUUACGAUAUAAUUCAGCACGGUGCUGUGCGUGAGCUCCUCGAAACUGAAAUUAACUACGUAAAACUUCUCGCUUCGAUUUGCGAUGGGUAUUUGCCUGCCAUGAGCAAACGCAUCGAUAUAUUUUCUCCCAACAGCAUACGACUUAUAUUUUCCAAUAUAACAGCCAUUUACAAGUUUCAGCGAAAGUUUUUGGAAGCGCUGCGCAACGGCGUUGAACAAAACCAAGUAUCUAAAGUAUUUCUAAAAAUGCAUAAAGGAUUCCUCUGCUACUCCACAUACUGUAAUGCUUAUCCACGUGCACUUAUCGAACUAGAAUCUUACGAACGCAUCAAAGACGCACGCACCAUAUUAGAGAACUGCCGUGAAUCCGAGAACUUAGCCGAACUACCAUUAUCUGCGCAUCUACUGGCGCCAGUGCAACGCAUUUGCCGUUAUCCACUGCAUCUUAACGAACUUAUUAAGACUGCUUUUAGGAGUAACAUGGCUGACGAUGCAAAUGAGGUUUUUGUCCAAACGGAUAUCUUAGACUAUGAACAAAUCAAUCUGUCUCAGCAUGAUGUGCCUGAUACGCACGACACCGUUAAUUUGGCGCUGAAAAAGAUGCGCGGUAUAACAGAAGCUGUAAAUGAGGGAAAACGCCACAGUGAGACCAUUGCACGGCAUCAAUCAAGCUUUCAAAAUUUUAAAGGACCACCGCUACACCUGCACAGUACACGGUUUUUCAUUCAAGUAGAUGCCACGCGCCAAAAGCAGAACCUCUGGAAUAGCAGCUGCACACUGUUCCUUUUCGAUAACCAACUGAUUUACUGCAAACGAGAUAUUAUCAAGCGCAGCCAGUUUAUCUACAAGGGACGAAUCUUUUUGGAUCGUUGUCGCAUUGUUAACGUGCGGGAUGGAAAAAUGUUUGGUCAUACAAUUAAAAACUCACUUCGAAUCUACUGCGAAUCGCGGGACAAGUGGUACGACUUUAGCUUCCGCUCGGCUAACCGUAAGCAUCGCUUUCUUAAUACGCUUGCCCUGGAGCGACAGUUUGGGGGCAAGGCACUAUACGUGUCCGAGAUGACUGGAUUUGAGUACAACUAUGAGGAACGGCCGGGCUACUAUUCUGACCAAUCGGAAUACGAGUUGCCAGAAUGCGAGCUUGCACAAGGCAACACAUCGGCAAGUGGCGACAGUUCAGUACCCGAAUCACCGUCCAAGUCACCGUACCGAUCUUGCGAUACAUUGCCCAAAAAAUCACAGUCGCGCGACGCUAUAGCCAGUACUAGUAAUGGCUCCGGACAUAUGUCAACUGGGUCGUUGGGCCGUCGCCGUCUUGGAAACUGGUUCCGGAAGCCAAAGAGUUCCAACUGUACGCCUAGUCAGUCACCUACGCACAAACCGAACUUCGAUGCGGAUUUAACGUUAACGGCCGCACGUGUUGCUGCAAUUGAAAUGGUUAGAGCCUCUGCAGCGCAACAAGAGGCAGACAGUUCGUUUGCUUAGUUACCCUAUUAUUAAAUAAUUACUUUUAAUUUUAAAGAAUGCAAAUCGAAACACUCAAUAAUUGAAAAGCAAGUUUUUGCAAUAAUUAUGAUAGAAGAAUGUUGAUAAAUAUACUGACACAGAAGCGCAUAUUCUAACAAUAAAAUAUUUUAGGUCAGUUUCUGUUUUUAUUUGAAUUUUUUUUAUUGCCAGAAACCUAAUUUUUUCUAUCCUGAAUUAAUGUUUAGAAUUAAUACGUCAGUUAUCUGAAUAAAAUUACAAACAAAUAGUUUUUUUUUUAAUAACAUUCUGUUGUUAUUAAACGAAUCAAGUUUAAAUUUUGUAUCUGUGUAAUAUUGAUACACUUGUUAAACAUUUAAUAAAUAUUCAGUCCAGCUUCAUAUACAUGUGCGGAAAAUUAGCAACACAGCUACAAAAAUCCCUCUCCAUACUGAACAAAAUAAUAACCGUAUGUAUAUUAUCAAAAUAAAAAUUAUAUGUUGAAUAGUCACAGGUUAUAUAACAUUUUUCAACAAAGAGUUAAAAAGUAUUCAUAUUAUUGAACAAAUGAAUUGUUACUAACAAUUUUUAAUCAAAAAAAAAAAGAAAAAAGAAAACUGUUAAAAUGAAAAUUGUGCAAACCAAAAAAUAUUUCAAAACCUAUGAGCGAAUUUAAUUUUCUUAAGAAAAACGUAUGUACCAAAAUAAGUUCAAAUAUAAGAAAAUGCUGAGUUCAACGUUUUAAAAGCAAUUAACUAUUUAAUAGAUUUUGUAAAAACAAACAAAAACAAAAAAAUAUAAUUCCUUACAAUGUUAAUUCUGGACCAUCCCAUCAAGUGUAUUUGGCCAACAGAUAUUUAAGCGAUGUUUUUUUAAUCCAUGCUCGAAUUAACUUAAAAAAAUCGGUGCUUUCAUAUGAAAACAUCGGGGAUGGAAUUAAAAGUAAAAUAAAGUAAUAAUU